AGCGCCAGGGCGGGAGCGGGUGGCCGGGCGCGGAGGGGUGCGGAGGGGCGUGGAGGAGCCGAGCGGGUCAGCGGUGGACCAGGGGCCGGGCCGGAGCCGGAGCCGCGGGGGCGAAGCUGCCGGGUGCUUCAUGAUGAGACAUCUGGGGACACUUCUCUCUCCUUUAUGUAGUUGAUAGUUUGGGCGGUGAAGAGAUGGCUGACAGUGUCAAAACCUUUCUGCAGGACCUUGCCAGGGGAAUCAAAGACUCCAUCUGGGGAAUUUGUACCAUCUCAAAGCUAGAUGCUCGAAUUCAACAAAAGAGAGAGGAGCAGCGUCGAAGAAGGGCAAGCAGUGUCCUGGCUCAGAGGAGAGCCCAGAGUAUAGAGAGGAAGCAAGAGAGUGAACCACGUAUUGUUAGUAGAAUUUUUCAGUGCUGCGCUUGGAAUGGUGGAGUAUUCUGGUUCAGUCUCCUUUUGUUUUAUCGAGUGUUUAUUCCCGUGCUUCAGUCAGUAACGGCUCAAAUUAUUGGUGAUCCGUCACUACAUGGGGAUGUUUGGUCGUGGCUCGAGUUUUUCCUCACGUCAAUUUUCAGUGCUCUUUGGGUGCUCCCCCUGUUUGUGCUUAGCAAAGUUGUGAAUGCAAUUUGGUUUCAGGAUAUAGCUGACCUGGCCUUCGAGGUAUCAGGGAGGAAGCCUCACCCAUUCCCUAGUGUCAGCAAAAUAAUUGCUGACAUGCUCUUCAACCUUUUGCUGCAGGCUCUUUUCCUCCUCCAGGGGAUGUUUGUGAGUCUCUUUCCCAUCCAUCUUGUUGGUCAGCUGGUUAGUCUCCUGCAUAUGUCUCUUCUCUACUCACUAUACUGCUUCGAAUAUCGUUGGUUCAAUAAAGGAAUUGAAAUGCACCAGCGAUUGUCAAACAUAGAAAGGAAUUGGCCUUACUACUUUGGAUUCGGUCUGCCCCUGGCUUUCCUCACAGCAAUGCAGUCCUCCUACAUAGUCAGUGGCUGCCUAUUCUCUAUCCUCUUUCCUUUAUUCAUUAUCAGCGCCAAUGAAGCAAAGACCCCUGGCAAAGCAUACCUUUUCCAGUUGCGCCUCUUCUCCUUGGUGGUUUUCUUAAGCAACAGACUCUUCCACAAGACGGUCUACCUGCAGUCUGCCCUGAGUAGUUCAACUUCUGCAGAGAAGUUCCCCUCACCACACCCAUCUCCUGCCAAACUGAAGGCUGCUGAGGGCCACUGAGUCGCCUGCCACCCAGAGGGGAUGGUGGGAUUGGAAGGAUGCCGCAUCAGCUCUUUUUCUCGUUCACCUCCCUGACCAGGGAAGGCAGGACCCACCCUGCCAAGGGCCCUGUGCAUAUUCCCUUCUCUCUGAGGAAUCGGGAUUUUUGUCUCUGGUGCACGUAAGGCAGAAUCGUCCUGACACCAGUAUGGAUUUUAAACACUGGUGAGUCUGAAAGGACCACAGGUUUUUCUGCAGCUCUUUUCUAGCAUCUGCCAGCCCCCGUGCCUGGACUGAUUUGAAUACUUUUUCUCCCUGUGCCAUUUAUCCUCCCACCUCCCCUUCCCGCCUUCCACCAUCCUUGGAUGAAUGGAUUUUUGUAAUUCUAGUUGUUGUAUUUUGUGGA